AUCCAGAGGCGCUGCCGCGCUGAAACUCGAAUGUUUUCUGUUCCGUCCAUCUAGUAUCGCCGAGUCAGUCUGUCAGAUACGUUGGUCAGAUACGGUUCUUCGUACGUCUUGAUUUUUUUUUUCCUUCGCGAAGUUCAAGCUCUCCUUGGAUCAAUACGAUCGAAUCACCGUUUGUUACAACUGUCACCUCGGUUCUACUUCUCGACUCGUUACAUUUUCUUGUUCGUCACGCGGAACGAAAGAAUUGGAGAUCAAUUCUUUUGUCGGGAGAGAACAGAUUACUAGGAGCACCAGUUGCACGGAGAGGAACGAGGACAGAAAAGAAACACAUCGUGGGACAACAAAAGGAAGGAAAGAGAGGCCGGUGGGCGGAGGUGGAAUCAGGUGAAUCGCUUCGUUUCAAAAGUAGAACAGGGAAGAACGUCGAAACUGUUAUCUCAAUGGACUCGAUGAAGAUUCACGAUUUAAUCAGCCAGUGAUGUUCGUCGUGGAAGAAAUCUCUUCGACAGCGUGCUUUAUGAGAUAGUACGAUGACAUCACGCGAGAAGAGAUUCAACGCCUUUCGGAAAUGUGGAUCGUGAAAGCGUUACGUGCACCGAGAAACCAUGGACACUGUCUGUGAUCUUCCCCGUCGUUCCUCGAACUUAUGAACAGUAACUCGAAAGAGAAAGCACGAAUUAAUAGUGUGAACUUGAUUUUGAUUUUUGUGAAAGUUGACUUUGCGUCUAAUUAAGCUUCCGAACCAGCGAAUCAUUUCCUGAGAUGAUUAAUUUGUGAUAACAGCAAAUUGUCGUCGAUUGGCCAAGUCCGAUAUUGGAAAAAUCUAAGUCCCUUUUCUCGCGGCGAUGAUUUCCGUGCUGUCGGAUGAAGACUCGAAAGCCGCAAGGAUGAAGCAGAAACUGAUAAACGACGUGCACGUGAAGGAAGAGACGCGAUCGUUUCUCAGCUUCUUCAGGGAGAACCUCAGCAUCUCUCAGUCGGAUCUCGAACAGGGUUUCAACAAACAUCGAUUCCGGCCGAACAGAAAUACGAUUCUGAGUGUUACGGCUUUGUUGAUCGCCCUUCUCUGCCUGGGCCUCGAAAGUUGGCGGUUCCAUUGUUCUUUGGUCAAUGCUCGCGAGAUAGAGGAGCUGAAACGAAGCGUGGAGAGUCUGAAGCAUCGUUUCUUGGAAGAGGAUCUACUGGACGAGCUGAAAGCCUUUGAAGAACAGCUGUACACCGAGGAAUUCAACGAUGACAACGACGACGACGACGACGACGACGACGAUGAUGAUGACGACCCAAAUGAGGCGGAUAUCGACAACGUGGACUACGACUCGAAUUACGACGACGACGACGCAUUCUCGUCGCGUGAUUACUCGCGCCCGGCGUUCGGCGCUCGGCCGUCCGAUUUCCCGGACUCCUCGUCGACGAUAGCCCCGGUGCCCUCUCCGUCGGAAGCCGGCGCGGACGAGUUGAUCCUGAAGUGGGCGGCGGCAACGGUGGCAGCGUACAAGGCCGAGGCUAAGCACAAGCAGGAGUUGCAGAGGAGGGGCCACAGAGUUGAGCCGCACCUGGAGGAAAAAUUGGAUAAUCGUGAGAACAAUACCAAACGAAAGCGGAACGUGUUGGACGAUACAGAUCUUCUGCUGAACUGGCGAGCGAAUUUGGAACGUAAACGGUCGACCGACAGAGAGAGUCGCAGCCCCAAACGGUGGUUCGUUAAGAGGCAAGAGUCGUACACAGGUUUCCGGGACAUGUCCAAGGACAGCAACGCCGAGGAACAACAAAAUACGUCCAUUGUAAUCUCCAGCAGACAUCCUCCGAAGAAGUACAACACCCACACGUCUUCAAACAACACCGAGACGUCUUCCUUGGAGCGUGAUGACAACAACAAGUUCAGUGUAGAAGCGCGCACAGCCACGUACAACCGCACUCGAAAGGUUGCUCACAAACUUCGAAAAAACAUGAACUCUCGAGGAGUGGUCGCCGUUCAUUACCACGGGGAUGGUGGCAAGAUCUCGUCGCGAGAUCAGAACGCUGGUAACGGGAAGAUCCGUCAUGGUAGCAGCACGUUCAAAGCUUGGAAGCCGAGCGACUGGGUAACUGAUUCCGGCAUGAGCAAGCACUUCAGCAUGUCCGAGGGGGCUCUCACCAUUUACGAGACAGGAUUGUAUUUAAUUUACGCGCAGAUCCAUUACAACGACGAUCACGACGAGAUUGGGUUUCACUUGACAGUGAACGAUCGGCCUGUUCUUCAGUGUAUGAUUGACAAUUCGGGCCAUUCGCGCAAUAUCAGCCAGACCUGUUUCUCGGCGCAAUUGGCGCAUCUCAAGAAACACGACGUUCUAACAUUCAAGGAGGCCAGCUCGCCGAGAUUCGUCAUUUUCGACCAAAAGAACAGUUUCUUCGGGCUGGUGAAACUCGGAGAACUGAAGAAGCUAUAGUGUUAUCGGUUAUUUAAAUACGCACAACUGUAGACUGCAGAUUUUUGUGCAAACUCGUGUUCUUGAUAAUAUAAU